UGGCUGGGGCCAGGUGUGAACCUGCCACUCUCAGUAUAUGGGGCCAGUGCCCUACUCACUGACCCAUAGGCACCACCCGCUGGUGUCUCUUAUAAAGACACUAAUCUAUUGGAUAUGGCCCCAUUUUUAGGACCCCAGUUAACCUUAAUUACUUCCUUAGAGGCUCCAUCUCCAACUACAGCCACACUGGGAGUUCAGGGUAUACACAAAUAUUCAGUAUAUCCCCUGAUUUCUUAGGAACUUCCCGAAAAACAAAAUCUUGAUCUCUGUCUCCUGUUUGAUUUAGACACAAACAAACCGAUCUGAUGGAAUGGGAAGGCCCUGCCUGAUUGCAGGGAAGCUCAACCGUGCAUCUGAGAGACAAUUCAAGGAAAAGAGUAGGCUGCAUGAGGCUGCAUAAAAAGCCAAACUCAGCAAGAGAACUGACCAGAAGACAAAAGUCACUGUACUGCCUAACACCAAGGGCACAUUCACAUAUCUAUGUGGGUGGCAUUGUUGCAGGAAGAUGAGGCCCAGUGGAGAGAAUGAACACCCAAACACCGUGUUUAAAAGAGGAGGGGCUUUAUUCCAGCACGGAAGAAUUCAAAAUGAUUGUGCUCCCAACUGGCUGUGUCUUCUCCUUUUUAUCCCCAGUCAAAAAGUUCCAGCCCACAGAUACCUUUCCCAUUAGUCAGUUUGAAUCAAGCUGGAGAAGCAGGCUCUGGCUUUUACAGAAGCAGAAAUAACCAUUAGUUUCUAGGUCCUAGGAAGUUAAGUUUCUACAAAUCCUAAGAGCUGAGUCACUCCAGGGAGGAUCUCGCAAGCGUAUCCUUAGAGUCUCCUUGGGAAGACUUCUGUUCUCUUAGACCUUACUUUUUCUGGGUAUCCUCUCUCAGCAUUUCCUGGAGUUUUUUUUAAUAGUGCAAAUCCUAUGAGGCCAUACCUUAGGUAAUGGUCCUGAAGACAACAUGUAAGCAAUUGCUGUUACCCUUCCUGAGACCUUUUCCAAAUCACAUGCUAUGGACAUAUUUCUGGGAAGAAAAUUGCUAUAUGUAUAUGUUGAAGAAGCUGGAUCACUAUCAUCUUAUUUUUGGUUCUUCUUUGCUUUGGGAUCGUCCUAAUUGAGCUAAUGCCCAGAGAUUAACUACUAAUUAAAGUCUUUGGCUGCAAGCAACAGAAAGAGAAAAAUAAAGGAAUUUAUUAAAAAAAAAUGCGAAAAUUCGGAGUGUGAGUAGUCCCGUUUGUCGCCAUGUCCUCUCAUAAGACUUUCAGAUUCAAGCGGUUUUUGGCCAAGAAACAAAAACAAAAUCGUCCCAUCCCCCAGUGGAUUCGAAUGAAAACCGGUAACAAAAUCAGGUACAACUCUAAGAGGAGACACUGGAGAAGAAGCAAGCUGGGUGUACAGGGAAUUGCACAUGAGAUGGCACGUACUCAUGCUGUGCUGUACCACGGUCACUAUCAUCACCUUACCGUAUCAAGCUGAAAAUGUCAUCAGUUGGACAUUUGCCACACUUCCUUGGGAAAAUGAGUUUUCUCCUCGUUUAUGUGCUGUUCCCUACUAAGCCGGUGUAGUAAUAAAUAUGUCAGACCUUGAAAAAAAAAGAAAAAGAAAAUGUGAAAAUUCACAAAUCAAAAGACAAUCUGAAACAAAAAGGGACAAAAUGAGAGGACAGACAUCAAGAAAAAAAGGACAAUCUGAACAGCCAAGUAUCAAGAUACACAAGAGCCAGGGCAGUUCUGGAUACAUAGUCUAGAGAAAUGAACAGACAGUCCCUUCAGAAUAUCGCUCCAGAAUGAAUCAGCUUUAAGAAUUUUCUGUCUCCUGCCUCCCAUUAAAAUUUUCUUCCAGAGCAAGCAGUUCCAAUUUGCCUACAUGGGAUUGGAUGUCAUCCCCUCUUUGGGGAAGGGCGUUGAACCGUGAUUGACAGCCCCACCACGCCAGCGUGCCGUGGGGGAGGAGCGUUCUCCAAAAGAAAGAGGUAGAAUGCUGAUACAGAAAAACGACAGAUGUCCUCUGCAUUCCGGCUAUGGGUUGCCAAGCAACGUCUUCCCACUUUUUAAAAUACCAUAUACAAUUUUUAAAAUGCCUCUGCCUAACAUAAUAUAAUUAUCUCACUUGCCAACAAAAGAUAUACCCAACUCCUUCUAAAAGGGAACAAUACUUACCCAGUUAUGGCAUCCAUUUCUUUCCUGGUUCUAUCAUGCCCUUCCUCCAUAUUUUGCAACUUGUGGACAAACCGACAAAUUUAAGCAUUACUAACCCAUAUCAUACACAAUUCUAGGAGAAUAUAAAAGGGAAGAGAAGGAUAAUUACUUUUUAAAUAUAUCUGAUUUCUGCAUAUUACUGUAUAUAAGUUAUGCCUCCAUAAGAGAAAAAAUACCCAUAACACAACAAAGAGGGACUACAGGUAGAGACUACAGUAUUCAUUUAUGGAACUGAUCAUGCUAUUUAUAACCUCUCUCAUCCUUUGCCCAGUCCACAUUCUCUUGACAUUAAUUGGAUGGGACCCCAAUUGGUUUAGUGCUUUGCCAGAUGGGUCAUUGGUACCCAGCCUUCAAAGUAGAGCCCAAUCACCCUCACCUCCUGGUGUACAGGGCCUUUUGUGAUUCCCUCCCACAGUAAGUAUAUCUUAGAAUAUUUUAGAUAAUUGGAAUUAUAUUGUCCCAGCAUAGCUGUGCUGUCUGUUCUCUAGAUCACCACUCUGCUUUUCAGCUCUCUCUUCACUUUGGACCCCGGCGAUUUCUCUUUCUUCUUACAAGUUUAGUUCUGCAUUUUUUUUACAUUUUAGCCAGCAUUUGUAAGUGUUUAUCAUAAGAACAUUUUCAGGUUAUGUAUUCUGCCAGAUUGCUGGAAUUGGAAGUCCUGUGUUUUCACUUUUCUGUCUACCCAUCUAGACUUGGAGUUCCAUAGAGAAAGGAAGAUACCUUGUUCAUAACUGUGUUACCAUAAUCUAGCCCUGUUCCUGGUACAUAGUAGGCAUUCAUUACAUGCUUGUUGAAUGAAUGAAUGUAACCAAGGAAGCACUAGAGGCUGUACCUGGACUGAGUUGCCUUCAUUUUGGAAGGAGUUGAGUGCAUUUUUUGCCUACAUGUAAGGUAAUUGUAUAAAUAAUUAACUAAUGAAAACAGAGAAGACUUUUGCCCAGUUAUAGAGAAUCUAAAGAUUAUCUUUCAGAAUUGUCUAAUGCUAAUAAUUAAAACUCAGGACUUGCCUUUUACAUUUAUUGCUUGGCCUCCAAAUAUAGUGGUCAUUUCAGUUUUUCUUCUUUUUUUUUUUGUUGUUUUGUUUUGUUUUAAUUAUUAUUAUUUUUUUUUUUGUGGAGGCAGAGUCUCAUCUUAUUGCCCUCGGUAGAGUGCCAUGGCGUGACACACCUCACAGCAAGCUCCAACUCCUGGGCCUAGGUGACUCUCCUGCCUCAGCUUCCCGAGUAGCUGGGACCACAGGCACCCGCCACAAUGCCUGGCUAUUUUUUUGUUGUAGUUUGGCUGGGGCUGGAUUUGAAUCUGCCACCCUCAGUAUAUGGCGCCAGCGCCCCACCUGCUGAGCCACAGGCACCGCCCUUUUUUUUUUUUUUUUUAAUUUAUUUACUGUUGGGGAUUCAUUGAGGGUACAAGAAACCAGGUUACACUGAUUGCAUCUGUUAGGUAAAGCCCCUCUUACAAUCGUGUCUUGCCCCCAAAAGAGUUUUACUUCUUUUUAUAUAUUAUUUUUAAGCCUUGAAAUUCUCUAGAGCAGUGGUUCUCAACUUUCCUAAUGCCACGACCCCUUAAUACAGUUCCUCAUGUUGUGGUGACCUCCAACCAUAAAAUUAUUUUUGUUGCUACUUCAUAACUGUAAUUUUUCUACUGUUAUGAAUCGUAAUAUAAAUACCUGAUAUGUGGAUAGUCUUAGGCAACUCCUGUGAAAGGGUUGUUCAACCCCCAAAGGGGUCGAGACCUACAGGUUGAAAACCAUGGCUCUAGAGGAAGUGGAAUUUGGUUAUUCUGAUCUAAUAAUAACACUGACAGGACAUGGAUUUCUCCAUGUCUUGGUAAUAGAAAAAAAGAUUAUUUGCACAAAUAUAUCAUUUUGCAUUGCCUUUUUUUUUUUUUUUUUUGUAAAUUAAGUACACUUAGCUAUAACCUAUUAGGAUUUUUUUUUUGUUUGUUUUUUGAGGCAGAGUCUCCUUCCCAGAGUGCACUGGGUAGGGUGCCAUAAUGUCAUAGCUCACAGCAACCUCAAACUCCUGGACCCGAGCAAUCCUCUGGCCUCAACCUCCCAAGUAGCUGGAACUACAGGCACCCACCACAAUGCCUGGCUGUUUUUAGUAGAGAUGGGAUCUUGCUCUUGCUCAGGCUGGUCUUGAAUUCCUGAGCUCAAGCAAUCUACCUGCCUUGGCCUCUCAGAGUGCUAGGAUUAUAGGUGUGAGAUACCUCGCCUGGCUUGAAACUAUUCUUUAAUGGAUGAAUAUUUAGUGAUUGACUUGAAAAUUUGGAUUGUUAAGAACAGGUAUGUCAUAGCCUGUGGAGUUUGACCUCGUCCAUUUCAUGAUCAAAAGAGAAUUCUCAUUUUUUUCAAACUUGUACUUGCCCCCAUCUUUCUUUUUUCUGUAAUUUCAUCUACUAGUUCAAGCCAAACCCUACAAAUCCACCUUGAAUCCUCUUUUCUUGUCCCAUUCCUCAGCCUCCCACCCCGUAGUCUAUUAACAGUCCUGUUGGCUCUCCCUUUGAAAGAUAUCCAGAAUCCAGCUUCUUCUCAGAAGUCCUACCUCCAAAACCCCGUCCUCUCUUGCCUAGACUACUCCAACAGCCCAUUAGCUCAUCUGCCUGCUUUCAUUCUUGUCCCCACCAUCAGUUCCACACACAACAG